AUGGAGUACGGUGCGGAAGAAAAAGCUUGGUCUGUGGUUUGGUAUGGCAAAUACGGUUCGCCGAUAAAUGUUCAAAGGGAAUACAGGAUGAAAUACGGACGUAAGGCUCAACCCAGAUCGCAAGACAUUUCGGCGUUGGUGGAACAGGUUCCUUGAGACUGGCAGGUUAACAGGAAACAAAAAAAGCAGGAAAGAUGGGUACGAACGGAGCUGAAAAUUGAAGAAGUUUUGUCAAAAUUCCGAGAAAAUCCGCAUAUGAGUACACGAAGUUUGGCCAGAACCGAGGGAAUGCCUUCACCAAGGACCAUUCGACGAACUCUGGAGGUUGAUCUUCACUUUUUGUUCUUAUUCUCAUCGUCGAUUUUCAGGAGGGGAAAUUCCACCGUAUUUUUCUUCCGCACCGUACUCCAUUUUCGGACACCCCGGGAAAGGCCGAAAAAACAACCGAAAAACGACCAAAAAAAUGAACUUCAAGAAUAAAUCCAAUAACUGUAGAUGACACUUACCUAUGUAUAACAUAUUUGGUAUCAGACAAAAUGGGGUUGUCUGAGGAUUCAGGGAAAAAAAGAAUUUUAAAAUUUGGCCCAAAAUUAAAGAAGUUAUAGCCAAUUCAAAUCGGGCACCGAAUUUGGUACACCCUGUAUUAGGUUCAAUUUCAAGGGCUCGAUGAGUCAAUUUUAGGCCUAAAAACUUGAGCAUAAUUUGUUUAUACAGUGACAAACCUGAUCCAGUAGCAAAACCGUACCAUUUGUCAUCCGGUAAGCAUCAAAAAAUGUGGCAAAAUGCCUCCCUCUCCAACUAAAAAACUUCGUUUUGAAUUUCCCUCACAAAAAGGGAGGGUGGGUUUUUUGAAAUCGAAAUUUUUUCAUUUGGAGAGGGAGGUAUUUUGCCACAUUUUGUGAUACUUCCCGGAUGCAAAAUGGUAGGUUUUUUGCCACUGGAUCAGGUCCCUCACUGUACUAGUCUCGGUAAAAGUUCCUUAUUUUGGCCACAACUUAUAACUUUGCGGAAACUGGUCGGAAUUAGCCCAAAUUUAGCGUGCACGCUCAAUUCAUCGUUGUCAAUGCCCGGACAGUGGAUUUAGUUAGUGAGGUACCUUCUUUUUUACGUACCACCUUACCCUUCAAAAACGGCUGCAUCCUGUGAUUUUACACUUUAUACGAUGAAACAUGUCCGGAACUAAACUUAUUGCCUCCGUAUGGAACUAAAUGAGUCGUCACAGCCUUCGUAGGUACCCUUAAAACUAUAGAGCUAUUAUGGUAAUUCAGUGCCAGCUAGGUCGCAGCGUUUUUUCCUAACUUCAUGCCCAAGCUUGGGCGCAGUUCGCGGGGUACCUUUGUUGCGGCCAAAAUAAGGAACUUUCUCCAGGGUGGGUCUUUUGAAAUCGGAAUUUUUUUCACAUGGAGAGAGAGGUAUUUUGCCAGAUUUUGUGAUACUUAGUUUUUUAGUCGGAGAAGGAGGUAUUUUGCCACAUUUGUGAUACUUCUCGGAUGCAAAAUGGCACGUUUUUUGAUACUGGCUCAGGUCCGUCACUAUGAUACUAGUCUCCCUUUUAGGCUUACUCCCUCGACUCAUUUGAGCUCUCGCUUUCAAUCAGCUAUGAUUACAAAGUCGAAAAUGUCGCGAAUUUCGACCAUACCCGAGCCCAAAGCCAUUUACUUCAAGCUCUCCGUAACAGCAUUUCUGAAGAGACCGUUGAAGACGUUAUUAGUGGCAUUUCCGACCUGGAACGUCAGAUGAAUAAGCAGCUAAAAAGAGGUGGAAAUUUGUUCGGAAUCAAGAUUUCGAACAUAGUUAUCGACAGAGUCGAUAUUAUUGGUCAACUGCAAUUCCCAAAGCAAGAAGAAGUGAAGGAAAUGAGCUGGGAGGAGGAGGAGAGGCUUUGUGAAGAGGCAAAGAAAGCCGCCGAUUUAUUGGAUCAGAAUCCAAUGGCUUUACAGCUCAGGAUUUUACGGUCCGUGGAGCAGAAUGGGUAAGAAAUUUGGGGGAUUUUUCAAUGGGAAAAUAUUGUGAAUUCGACCCGGAAAUUUUGAUAAAAUUUGGGAGAAAUUCACAGUAAUCACAGCGUUUCGAACAUUUUUUCCGCCGCCGAUCGGUGUCGAAAAAAGGAAAAAAUGAAAAGUAGUGCUUACAAGUCGGUGUAUAUUUGGCUAGCCACAAUAGAUGUAACUAAACUAAAAAGUGGUUGUUAGACUAUAAGAGAUUGCCAUUCGACGUAUACAAACUACAUCAUCAUACCUUACAGUGAGGGACGGGAUCCAAUGGCAAAAAACGUCGGCUUUUGCAUCCCGGAAGGGGCCAAAAUGACUCCAAACCCUUCCCUUCUCUAACAAUAAGCUAUAAAACCCCGAUUUGAAGAGCCCGCCUUGAAGGAAAGGGCGCGCUUUUCAAAGCGGAGUUUUUUAGCUUUGAGAAGGGAAGGGUUUGGAGUCAUUUUGGUCCCUUCCAGGAUGCAAAUUCGGAGCAGUUUUUUUUUGGUCAAACCUUUUUGGUCGAUUAUCUCGGCUCCCAGAGGCCGGUGGAGGUAGCGGUUUUCAGAUUUGAUAUCUCCGUCCUAUAUACCCUCCCCAUCGCUGUAACAGUCGUUUUUAAAAAUCGAUCCGUGACUUAAGUGACUUCCCUUGUUAGAGAAGGGAAGGGUUUGGAGUCAUUUUGGCCCCUUCCGGGAUGCAAAAGCAGACGUUUUUUGCCAUUGGAUCAGGUCCCUCACUGUAUGUUAACGUUGAGAAAAUGAUGAUCGAAAAUUAUCAAAAAUUCAACCUUCAGGUAAAAAAAAGUGUACUUUCCAGCGCUUAAACAUACACUUUUUUUCUUCCAUCAUAUACAGAAUUUCAAGAGCUACAACAUAGACAGAAUCAGUCAUUUUCCUGGGCCUUUAAACUUAGUUAUGACUCAAAAGAGCCUAAUUUUGGCAAAUUUCUAACAAGAGAAGUACUCCAAGUGCGACGCUCAGAUUUUCAGGGAACUUGGCGCAAAUUUAGAAUAACUUUUUCUAAAAUGUAUGCCAGAAUCCUAGCUCGCGCUUUGCAGAAACCGUCAAGUCUAAAUUCUCAUGGCUUUUUGCUAUGAAUAGUAUGUUACAAAUAACCUCCGUUUUUCCAUUUUUCAGUAAACAAAACUACAAUCUCGUCCUGCCAAUGGCCUCACAGCAACCUGAAGUCUAUGGUCAUCAGACCUCUCAUUCGAUUCUUGGCGAUUUCACUCGAGGAUGUUCCUCUCGAUACCAGAGAAUCUACAUGAGUCCUCCUCAUAAUGACCCAAUUUAUGAUAGAAUUGUGUAA